ACAAGUAAUCUAUACAUCCGUGCUAUUUUUAUGAAGACAGUUUUCUCGCGGACUUUCGCCGAGUGUCAGAAUAACGAAUUAAAGAAGAUCCAUACUGCAAUGCCUAAGUCCAAGGAGUUCAUCUCAUCCGAGUCUGACACAGAUUCUGAUUCAGAGCCAAAACCCAAAAAGAAGAAGACAGAGAAAAAAGAAGAAAAAAAGCCAGAGAAAACUGAGUCACCCAAGAAAUCAUCUGGUGGGGCUGAAAAGGGCCCAGGUGGAGAGAUGAUGUUUCAGCUUGCUAGAAUGCGUUAUGCAACAGUCAGUGAAUUUAGAGGUAAAGUCAUGGUUGGGAUUCGAGAAUAUUAUGAAAAGGAUGGUGAAAUGCGGCCUGGCAAAAAAGGAAUUUCAUUACCUAUGGAUCAAUGGAAAAGACUGAAAGAUCAAAUAGAUGACAUUGACCAAGCAGUGAAAGAUAUGUCCUAGAAAUAACCCGUGUUGUCUUCAAUCAUUGCAUCAUACACAUUCAUCAUGUGGGCUUGUUAUCAUUUUCCCGCAUUGUGCAAUACUUGUAAAUGAAUUUUUACUUUGGAAAGGAAGUGGUAUUGCUGUGUUGUUACGUGCAUUUAGUGUGUGUUAACUUUUGGUAACCUGUUACAGCCACCUCUUCAGAAUAGUACAUACAACUUUGGUGGAUGGUGAGCAAUGAAGGAGACACUUCAGAAGAUUUUUUAAUCAGGUUUAAUGCAUUCAAACAUUGCACCUCAGCUAAGAGUAUCAAGAGAGGGGGCAUAUUUCAUUGGGAUUCUAAAUAUGGACAUGCAUGUCUAGUCCUAUUACACUAGUUGUAACCACAUAAGUGCACAUUUCUACUUCUUCAAAGUAGAGAUGUAACAAAAUUCAAAUGUGUUAAAUGGUAUACAGUAAAUAUUGAAGGUAAA